AUGCCUGUACAUACCAUUCGGGAUUUGAAUAACAACAACGACACGAAUAAUCCUAACAGAGGACAAGCACCCGUUCCUCCAGGUUGGGGUAACUCAUCAGGAGGUACUAGUGGAGGAAGGACUCUUGGUGGUAGUGGCGGUAGAACUCUUGGGGAUUCAUCAUCCUCUUCAUCGACCAGACCAUCUACUGGAAGAGUGUUACAAUCGGGAGAAGCUGUUUCCUAUCAACCAUCUUCAGCCAAUUAUGCAGAUGGAGGUAGCGGUGGAGGCUUUUUUGCAGGAUUCAGAAACAUGUUUUCAGGUUUCGGUAGAAGCAGCAAUACAAAUUCAAGUGGAGGAAGUUACACUGCCACAGGCCAACCUGUGGAUGUUGAGACUGGCGGAGGUGCAGCCACCAUUUCCAAUGAUCCUUAUCAAAAUCAAUACAAUAUGAACGAGGACAUGUUUUGGAGUUAUAAUUUGCACAAUAUUCAGCCUCAAUGGUAUCACAUGUGUUUAAUGUGUUGUUGCCCAUGUUUUGUUGGUCCACCAUGCUCACCUGUCAGAAAACAAGAUUACAAAAACAUGUUAAUGACAUUCUGCUUUUGGAUCUCAAUCAUACAAUUAAUUUAUUUUAUUGUCGAGUUAUCGGUUGGUGGCUUUGAUCCACAAAAUCCUUCCAUUGGUCCUUCAAGUGUAACUUUGUUAAAAUUGGGUGCCAAGAGUUCCUACUACAUCAAAGAAAAAUAUGAAUUAUGGCGUUUGGUAGUGCCACUCAUUAUGCAUGCUGGCAUUUUGCAUAUUUUCAUGAACUUAUUUAUUCAAAUCAUGGUUUGUAUGGGCUAUGAAAAGAAUUGGAGAUGGUACAGAGUGAUACCAAUCUAUUUCGUUUCAGGAAUUGCAGGAAACUUAUUGAGUUGUGUUGCCAUGCCAGCCUCAAUUUCUGUGGGAGCCUCUGGGGCUAUCAUGGGCUUAAUUGGAGCCAAAGUUUCAAACAUUAUAGUUCGAUGGACCAGAAUCCCCACUCAACAGAAAGUAAUGCAAUGUAUCAAUGUUGGAAUUAUUAUUUUCAUUACUCUAUUGUGGAGCUUUAGCGAUUACAUUGAUUGGGCCGGCCAUAUUGGUGGAUUAGUGACGGGUUUCAUUUUAGGAUUUGCAUGCUUUGCCGUUACCGAAAUUCAAGACCGCAUUUACAAGUGGACCAUUUUCAGCGUUUCUGUUGGAUUGACUUUGGUUUCUUUGCUUACGUUGUCCCUCGUUUUUGGAUUGGUCACCGAUGUUUCGAAAUAUGCACCAAUGAUUUAA